AUGGAUAGUAUCGACAGUAACAGCGAUGGUGAUGGCCCACCUACUCCAAAAAAACAAAAGGCUCAGGCAGGUAAGAAGCAGAAAAGUAAAUAUAAACAGAAAUUUCGAUCUGAAUGGUUAACCAACAAGGACUUCUCAUCUUGGUUAAGUGAGCACCCAACUGAUCCUCUUAAAGCUACGUGCACCUUAUGUGCCAUCAUAAUGACGGCUGAGAUAAGUGUCUUAAAACGACACAAAGAGGGUACAAAACACAAAGAUAAAAUUAAAGGGAUCAGUCAACAACCUUCAAUUUCAAACCUUUUUGAUAAAACAAAAAUGCAGUCCGCCGAUAGGAAAGUCAAACGAGCUGAGAUAAAGUUGGCGGCAUUUAUGGCAGAGCACAAAAUUUCACACGCUGUUAUGCAUCAUUUGAACGAUUUACUUCCUGACAUUUUCCCAGACUCCAGCAUAGCGACAAACUUAAAAAUGAAGCACAGUAAAUUACAAGUGGUGAUCACGAAUGUCUUGGGUGUAAGUGAAAAAGAGUCCAUCGUAUCUUAUUUGAAAUGCCAGAAAGUUUCAGUUUUAGUAGAUGAAAGUACAGACAUAGGUGUGGUCAAAACAAUGUGCGUUGUUGUGCAUUAUUACGACUCGGAAAUUGGACGAGUUGUUAGUCGUUUUUGGGAUCUCAUCCAACUAUUUGAAGAAUCUACAGCGGACCACAGUGCCAAUGCAGAAUACCUUUUUAAUGCAAUCGUAAAAGCUUUCGAAGAUCAAAACGUACCACUUCAAAAUGUAAUAGGUUUUGGCUCGGAUGGUUGUAAUACAAUGAUGGGCAUUCGCAACUCAGUUUGUUCUAGGUUUCGACAAUCAUGUCCAGGUAUUGCAAUUAUCAAAUGCAUCUGCCACUCGCUACACCUGUGUGCUAGUGAUGCCGCUAAAGAAAUACCUUCAGAAUGUGAACAACUGGCACGCGACGUUUACAAUCAUUUUUACAAAUCGAGCAGCAAACGCCAAAGUCAGUUUAAGGCUUUUCAAAAUUUCGUCGAGGUUGAUGUACACAAAAUACUACGUCCAGCUCAAACAGGAUGGCUAUCGCUAUCAUCGGUUGUAGACAGAUUGCUGGAACAAUGGGACGCACUACGUCUCUAUUUCGACAAAAUGUACACUAAAAUGAGAGACUUAUAUAGAAAUCUGAUCAAACUUGUGAUGCAGCCGGAGUGCAUGCUCGAUGACAAGCUCGACAAAAUUGAUCCUACCAACGAAAAUCUUUAUCUGAAUCUCGAUGACAUAUAUCUUGGUCUCGGCGUCCGCAAACAACUAUCGCUACCUGAAGUGGCAAAUAAUGAAAAUGACAAAAAUCAGAAUCCAGAAGCUUGUCUAUCACUGCUAUCACACGAAAGACCCACCACCUUGGCCCCUCUUUUCACGAUGUUGCCAAGAAUAGCUCCCAAAUCGUUACAGGAACAGCAGGAUUUAGAUGACCAAUGGAGAUGUUUGCCAUCAUACAAACAGAACACACUGGAUGCCAAUGAGCCUUCAGAUAUAUUUUGGCAUCAGGUUGCCCAACUACAAAACAAAGAUGGAAAAAACCAUUUUCAACCUUGUCCAACUUCAUGCUGCAAAUUUUAUGCCUACCACACUCUAAUGCUGACUGCGAAAGAGUUUUCAGCCUAA